CGAAGGAAGUUUGCCUUCGGUGAAAUCGAAGCGGAAGGCGACGGCGGCGACGGCGAUGACAACGAGAUAUACGACGGCGAUGAUGACAGCGUCGACGCCGACGACGACGACGACGACGCAGACAACACCGACAUCAAUGCCGACGCCGACAAAGGCGAUGAUAGCGACGACGUCAUCGCUAGCAGCGGUGGACCGGCGAGUGGCCACGCCGACGGCGUCGACGUCGACGUCGAUGCCAUCGUUGCCGAGAAUAAAAAUGUUAUCGGCGGCGACGUUACCGCUAGCAGCGGCCGACCCGCGAGUGGCCACGGCGACAGCGUCGACGUCGACGUCAAUGCCGCCGUUGCCGAGAAUGAUAAAGUUAUCGGCGGCGACGUCACCGUUAGCAGCGGCCGAUCCGCGAGUGGCGACGGUGUCGACGUCGACGAGGAUC